AUGAGUCGUGAAGAGCGAAAGAUGGCGCAGAUCAUUGCGAGCAUUGAGCGCAUGGAGCAGGAGGCGCGCGCGUCAGGGGACGACGCGGUCCGAGCGCAGGAGCCGCCAGAGUGGGCGAAACAGGGCGCGCGUGGCAAAAAGGGGAAGCGCGGGCGGGUGCUGAGUGUCAAAGUCAAGACGGAGAAACGGCUCAAGGCUGGAGCUGUCGCGGUGGGAGCAGGAGGGGCGACGCCGUUGGCUGCCGAGCGCAAAUUGACGCCCAAGAAGCGCUGGAUCCAGCUCUGGAGCGCCCAGCUGGACACGAGCCCCAACAAGGACAGCGACGUGGGCAGCCGCGUGGCGGGUGCAGAUCGUGGAGCUGAGGAGGACGGGGCGGCGACUGCAGCGGUGGCGGACACGCCGUCGGAGAUUGACGCGUGCGCUGCUGUGCUUGCGCCGGCUGAGACUCUUGUUACCGAGGCAAAUGAGACACGAAAGAGCGUCGAAGAGCCAGUGGGUGUGCCGGCGGCGGCGGCGGCGGUCGAUCCUGGUGUGUUGGCUUGCAGAGAAGCGAAGCCAGCGCGUGAACUGGCGUCGGUCAAUGCGACGAAGCGCAACUUACCAACCGAAACACCAGCGGCGUCUGUGAAGACAGGGGCGACUGUAUCGGAAAGAGAUGACGUGGCUGCUGCCGCCACGUCGGCGUCGUUGGACCUGCGCGUGAAAACUCCGAUCAACAACGAGUCGUCGCACUUGUCUCCUCCGCUGGAGAGGAGUAGUCCUACAGUCGCAGCCUCCAUCAGUCCAUCGGCAAAGGUGAAGGACAGUGAUACACCAAAUAGUAACACACUAGCGGUGGCAGCGGCAGCAGCAGCAACAGCCAAGUCUUCACCAGCAGCAGCAGCAACGCAGGGAAAACGCGUCGUGACAGAGCAGGAGGAGGAAGUUCCUGAGCAAAAAAUGGCUGCACCGAAGCUAGAGGGGAAGAAGAGCAAUAGCAGCAGUGCGGGCGAGGAAGACGACAGUUGUCGCAGCGAAGCGUCAGGAUACCACUACGAUUGUGGUAGCAAACGCAGCUUGGAGCGCAGUGAUGAGUCACCGGUAUCCGACGAAGCAAAGCGACGAGCAGAGCGGAGGAGGAAGCGAAAGUCGAAUUGGGAUGUCGGCGAUCCCCGUAGAGGGGGAAGCCCUGUUGCCGAACUACCAACGAGCGCCGCUGCUGCCGCAGCCAACCAGCAGUCAUUUGCCAAGUACCCGCCCACUGGGCCACCGUGGCGGCAUAGCCCGAGCGUGAUGGACGUGAAGCCGCCACCGGCGCACUUCCAAAGCACGAUGAUGGACAUGAAGCCGCCUUUCCAGAGCGGCCACCGGCCCUCGACGUUCUACAGCAAUGGCCCGAGUGCGGGGGCAAGACGAGGGUUUUUCCACGCGCCGGAUCGUUCUCGAAGUGUUGGACGUUCGUCAAUGCGUUUCAGCUACGGAAACAGCGGCAGCAAUUACCGGUGA